UACGUGCUCUGCGUUUUCCGUCCCUUUGGAUCCGAGGUUAUCCUCGCCAAGAUCACGCUUCCUCGGAUGAGGACGGUCUCCUACGUCCGUCUUUUCGGCCUUGUUCUCGCGCCCUUAAGCUCACUCACGCCCAGUCACUGUCGAAUGUUUGACGACAUCUUCGUCCCUCUUGUCUACCUCCCGGAACCCUGCCCUUGUACCGACCCAAAAGAGCGAGAACACAUCUGGCUGCCACGAUCGGAAGCAACCUCGUCUCACGAACCCCUCGACUCGCCCCUGGCGGACGGGAUGUACAUCGACGUCGGCGAUGUCCUCCUGGUCCGUGUCAACGCAGACGAGUACAUGGCGAUGAGCCUGGACCAGCCGAAGGCGCAUGAGGGCGUUCAACAGGCUCGUGAGGUGCGCCUGCCCCCAUAUACCGUCAUCUGCUCGAUGUCAGAACAGGGACUUGGCCCAGUUUUGUGGUGGAGAAACGCCGGCGUCGAAAAAAUGGACAAAGGCUGA